CGAUACAGUUCGGGAAUCUUGAUCACCUACGAUGAACCUGUUAAAUGCGAGCAUCCAGCAAACGCGCAAGUUUUUGGACUCGUUCGACAUCAUAUUGUCAGAUUGCGAUGGUGUCAUUUGGUAUCCGAAUACUGGGAUUAUCCCUGGAACAUUGGACGUGUUUGGUAAGUUGCAGAAUUUAGGCAAGAGGCUGUAUCUAGUAACCAACAACAGUACCAUAAGCGCGGAACGUUACUGCAAACGAGUAACGACGAAUGGAGUGACUAUCAAACCGGAGCAAAUAAUAAACACGGCGAAGGUGAUCAGCUGGUACCUGAAGAAGAUCAAGUUCUCGGAUCUUGCUUUGGUGAUUGCUUCGUCAGCGUUUCGACAAGUUCUAAUCAAUGACGGAUUUAAAGUAAUACCGGAAGAGAGGAUCACGAUCAUGAAUGAAGAUCCACAUACCGCAGUGCGGCAUAUCGAAGAUGAUCCAGCGAUCAGAGCGGUGAUCGUUGAUUUCAGUUUCUCCUUCGACUGGGCGAAAAUGGCAUUGUCGAUUAACUGCCUGAAGAGGAAAGACGUUUCCUACUUCUGCGGCUGUAAAGACGACUGGAUCAUGUACAAGCACAAGAAGAAGGUCAUAGGUUCUGGCCCUUUGAUCGAUGUAAUAAACAGACAAUCGGGCAGAUCACCGAAGGAAUUCGCCAAACCCAGCGAAAAUCUGAAGAAUUACAUUCUGGACACGUGUGACGUGAAGGACCCAAGCAGAUGCAUAUUCAUCGGCGACAAAAUGAACACGGACAUGCAGUUCGCAGCGCUGUGCGGAUUUAAAAAAUUGUUCGUCGGCACCGGCGCGGACACCAUAAACGACGCGAAGCUGGAGAGCGAACAUCCGGAUUUCUACGUCCCGAGUCUGGCGAUGCUGCAACCGCUCAUCGAUCUACUAGAGAACGAGUCUAAAAUAAAGAGAAACCUCUUACGAAAUAAUUAAAUUAAUAAGCCCGAUUGAAUUCCUCUCCAACUUCCAGCGUUGCAAGAAAUCGGUGACACAAGUUUUGUUUAAGUU